AUGGCGCUCCAGAGCCGCCACCACCACCACGACGGCCGCCGCGUAGUAGCCCCGCCCGCUCUCCCGGACCGGGGCUGGGAGUGGGAGUGGGACUGGGAGGAGCUGGUGCGGUGCCAGCUCGGCGACGGCACUCAUGGCGCGCUCCCGGGCUUGCCCUCGUUAGGUGGCGGGGGGGAGGAGUCGCCGGUGUCGUCGUCGGAGGCGUCGACCGGCGGCGGCGGGGGCGGCUACCUGGAGGACGCCAUCGCGCAGUGGGGCGACCGGAGCAAGCGGCAGAGGACGGCUGCGGGGGAGGGUCCGCCGCGGUGCCCGGCCAUGGCGAGCGAGGACCUGCAGUGCCUUCUUCAGAGCUUCUGGGAUCCCAGCAGCGGCGAGGGAGCGCUCCUCCAUGACCUCAGCACCAUGGCCCCGGCCCCGGAGACCAGCGGCUUUGUCUCAGAGGAGGGCGCUGCAUCGGGCAGGGGGCAGCGGCAGGGGGAGGGGGGCCGGAGCGCGGCAGCGGCAGCGGCAGCGGCAGCGGGGCAGGGAGAAGCUUGUGGAGCGGCGGCAGGGCCCCCGCCACCCUCCUCCGCCACGGCUGCUGCUGCUCCCCGGCCACCGCUGCAAAAGGCUACUGCAGGGCGCGGCAGCGGCAGCGGCAAUAACUGCGGCCCGGCGUCCUCCUCGUCCUGCUCCUCGCUGGCAGGGAGGAGGAAGGAGGGGGUGCUGUACCCGUUUGCCGUGGUGAAGCCGCUGGUGCUGGACGGCGACACGCUGAACGAUGUUAACCGGAGGAUCCUCAAGCGGCCGGCGAGGCCGGUGCGGCACCCCGUCGGCCAGUUCGCGUGCGGCCCCGUCGUGUCGUCGACUAACCGGCCGGGCCUGUCCGGGAAGGCGGUCGUCAGCCUCACCAAGAUCAGGACCGGAGGGAAGGGCACCAUUACCAUCAUCAGAACAAGAGGCUAG